CUUGGCCUUGUGAAGUCUUAAACUGCGCUAGAUUUGUUGACAGAUCAUCCAGAUCAACAAGGCUGAGUCCUUAACUGACUGGGAUUCAAAUGGACUUGACUGUGUUACGAAUUUCUGAUCUCAUAGGUCAUCAAGUCACACAGACUGGGGUUUUUUUUUUUUUUUUUUUUUUUUUUGAAAUUUCCCCCCUUUCGCGUUUUAUUCCUUGUCCUUUCGUUGUGCCCUUUUCCUUUCUCUUGUCCAGGAUUAAUCCAAUUAUGCUGACAAGGGCCCGACUUCCGCCAUUAAGGGCAAAUGAUUUUAGAUCAAAAAGAAUUGGAUUGAGAUUCCUUCAUCAGUCAGAGCAAACAUCGAGAGACAUUGGUCGUCUCUCGUUCAAUUGCUUCCAGGGUCCCUCAACAGAAUCUGGUAGCCAAAUGUGUCCAUGCGUUUCCAUUUAUUCUCAUACAUCGUCCACUUUCUGGCCUCCUAAUUUAAUUUGAAGAAUUAUCAUCCGUAGACCAGCUUGUGUCCCGGAAUUUA